AUGGAGAAUCUAACAGAAUAACUAUAAAAUAAAUUAAAUUUAGCUGAAAAUUAAGUUGAAAAGGUUGAGAAAAUUGCAGUUUAAGACAAAGAUAUUGUAGUUAAUGAGCAAUCGUACAAUAAUAUUAAAAUUAAGGAUUAUUAUGUUGAAAAUGGUGAAGAAGAAGACGAAAAUAAAAAAUUUUUCAGCUCUGAAGAAUUUCACGAUAAUAUUAGAAGAGGUUUAUCAGUUAUAGAAGAUCUUGAGAAUAAUAGUAAGUAGGUUUUGAGAAAAGGACAUAAAAAAUUUGAUGAUCUAACUAAGAGUAAAUUAAAAGUGUGGCUUAGUAGAUUUGUGGAUCAUAAUUUUAUCAACGAGAAAAUCAAAGAAAUCUUAGCAAAUAAUAAAAAAAAUUUUUCAGAAAAAGAUAAAAAGCAAAUUUUUAAAAAGUAUCAUGUAAAAUUCUAAGAUUUCUCAACUAUGUUUAUUUAUAGAACUGUAAAAGAUGAUGGCACUUGUUCACAAAUUUCAUUUAGCAAAAGUGCUUAAGCUUGGGUUAUAUGUACAAAAAACGAGUCGCUUCUAUUAAAACAUAAACAUGAAGCAGAAAAAAUAGGUAAACAAUUUAAUUUCAUCAAAGCAAUGGCUCUCUUAUGGUUUGAGUACUUGGAAAACUUAAAUAAAGAACUAAAAGAGGAACUUCAAAACUAUCUUUCUGAUAAAACAUUACUUGCAGAACUUUGUGGCGGUGUAGCUAAACAGUAUGUUAAAUAUGGCCCAAAUCCUAUUAUGAUUUGCUUUUCUAUUGUUAAUAAUUAUUCAGAAGAUAUCUGUCUUAGUCCUCCUGAAGCUGAAAUCGUUUUUAAAAAGUAUAAUUUGAAAUAUAGAUCAUAUUAAAAAACAGUUGAAUGUGAUAACUAUAAUGACUUCUACCAACUUUUUAAGCAAAUAAAUGUUGAAGUGAAUAAUUCAUCCUUUUUGGAGAAAGGUGAGGGUGAAGUGCUUUACAUUUGUGGUAGACCAGAGCUUAACCCAGAAUAGAUAGUCGUUUUAAAAAUGGCUAAAGCAAAGACAAUAGAAUAUAAAAUAAUAAAAGAAGGUGAAAAAUAUGUAAGCAGAUUGAAUUAUGUUAAAAGUGAGGCUUCAUAGAAUUUGAUUAAAGACUUCAUAGAAAUUAAUCAUAAUCUACCUAAAUUAAAAAAUCUUAAUAUAAGUUCAGGAUAUUUAGCUUCAACAAUUAGAUUAAUGCAAAACAACAAAUUAUAAAUAAACGAAUAAUCUAUUAAAAAUUUCAUUAUUAAAGAAUUUGGCUAAGAAAAACUAAAUACUUUAUAGAGUUGA